AUGUGGACUUUUCUUUCUGGCCGCACCGUCUCCCCCCUGCCCCUUAACAGUUCCCCUCCCCCCGUCUACCCGCGAAGGCUGAUAAACGGGCGAGGGGCGGCGCGAGCGCAGCGCCACUGCCUCAGUCGCCUCUCGGACGCCGCACGGAGCGGUCAUGCGUGCGCUCGUACCGCUCAGAUAUUUACUAAAAAGCCGACAGAGAAUGUGCAGUGCAGUGACGUCGACAACGACGCGGAAGUGCUAGUGCAGUGUGCGUCGUCCGACGAAGGGAUUUCUGUUCGCUCCGAUCGCCCGAACCUCGGGAGGCUUCUGCGCACCGAUUCCGCUAACGAGUCGCGGAUCCGACAGCGGUGGCUGGCUUGUGCG